AUUUAAAAAAGUUCAUCACACCUAACCAGCCAUGCCAACAUCAUCACCUCCGACCGCCUUGACAGUAACCAUUAUCACUACCGAAGUGUCUUUGGAGCCUGGAAAGCAGCCUGAUAUCGAGAGGAUUGUAUCUGCAGGCACAAUCAAUCGUGGCGAUUUGGGGUCUACAGGAGAAGCAGAAAAAGACCCUGGUUCAGGGAUAAUACCAGGGACGAGCACAAGGACAGGCAUAGGAGAGCCUACUGUUGAGGAUGACAAGGAUACGCCCACCACCACAAUCAAUCCUUCUAUUGGUGUUACUAGCCGUGCCAAAGUGGAAUCGAUACAGGACGAGAUACCAAGGAUCAGUCAUACUGAUACCACUGCAACCCCUCCAAAGGAGCAGCCUGGACCCGCAUCACCAACACUCAAUGGCGACCAUAGCUCAUGGCCAGAGCAUCCACGCCAGUUCUUGGAGCGUCUCAAGGAAACGGUGUCCAAGGCAGAACUGGGGAACUUGCUAUCGAAGGGAUCCGACUCAUUUCACCAAGCGGUCCUGCGGAUCCACAUGGAGUCCUUUGACUUUCGACGCGAUCCUAUCGACCUGGCUCUGAGGAAAUUCCUCUUGGACUUUCACUUUCCCAAGGAAGCGCAGCAAAUCGAUCGUGUUCUAGAGGCCUUUGCCUCUCGCUACCAUGCCUGUAACCCGCAUCUUUUCCGAUCCUCUGAGGUCGUCUAUACCAUUGCAUUCUCAUUGAUGCUCCUUCACACGGAUGCCCACAAUAAAAACGUGCGCUAUAAAAUGACUAAGGAGCAAUAUGUGCGACAGGCCAAGUCCAUUGAUGGCGUCAACACCAUCCCCGCCGAUAUAUUGGAAGUCCUCUACGACAAUAUCACCUAUCUCAAAUUUGUCUACGCAGAGGAUGACAUGGAUGUAGACGGACAGCGGAUCGCCGAAGUUCAGCCCGCAUCAUCAGGAACUUGGUUUCCUCGACGCCGCACCACGAGCAACCAAAGGACAGAUUCUUACAAUAUGAUCCGACAUGGAAGCAUAACCAAUUUGGCGCCGGAUCUGAGCGACCUUAUUCCAUUUCGAUGGCCCUACUACUGGAAAGGGACGGUCGAGAUGGUCGACAAUGUGCAGAUCAACAACCAGUUCACGAGAGCACCCCAGGUUUCUGUCCCCGGCCUUCGACAACGACUUCAUAACCAACAGCAAUUUACGACUGGAACAAGUGCUUCCAGUCGUCCAGAGACCAUGGUCCAUAUCGAUGGCGGGGAUCUGAGACAGGAUCAGGCGAUGCAGUGGGGUGGAAAGGAGGAGGACGAGAUUGCGACUGAUGGUUGCGCACAACUCAAGAUUGUCAAGAGCGGUGUCCUCUCACGAAAGAUCGAUAUUGAGCAUGGAAAGAAAAGUUCAGUGCGAGGCUGGAGAGAGCUGGGCGUCAUCCUCAGUGGAUCGCAGUUGCUGUUCUUCACGGACAUUGGUUGGUUUCAACAACAGAGGGCUGCUCAGAUCGGAUUCAAUCCACAGGCGCCACCUGAGGUGGAUGGGUAUUUUGCAAUGGAUCUCGGCACUGGUAUGCCGCCCAUGCCACAGGCACUGAUCUCGACUUUGGACUCGAUCGCAGUCGUCGACAGCAGCUAUCAAAAGUAUCCACAUGUCUUUCGCCUGGUGUGUCCGAACGGGAAGCAGUACUUGUUCAGGGCGGACUCGGAGCACGAAAUGAAUGACUGGAUGUCCAAGAUCAACUACGCCUCCGCGUUCAAGACUGCGGGAGUGCGCCUAAGAAAUUAUCGCGUGUCCUGGGCAAAGGAUGUGAUCUGGAUCAAGGAUGAACAAGGGCGCCAUCAGCUACGACGGCGACCACAACAUGACGACGCUACGGUGGCUGCAGAACCACUGGAUGGUCGGGCGCAGCUGAUUCAGGUUAAGAUGAAGGACAUUGACAGGCAGGUUAACACCUGCUCGGCAUCUCUGGCUGCAGAACUCCGGCUUGCUCGAGGUCUUGAGGUCAUGAUCCCUUUACAAAACUCGACUCGACAGAAAAUCGUGCAGAGUGCGACGGUGGUGGGGAAACGGUUACGACAUCUGAUGCUGGAAAGAACCAAACUGGAUUGCUUUCGCACCAUCCUCGAACGGGACUUAGCCGUUGUGCCUGCCAGUGGCUAUCCUUGCGAAGCGCAUACUCGACGGGAUAUCGGCCCCGGUUUCCAGCCGAAUGACGGAAUGUCGGGAACGACCGAGUACAGUCGAAAUUCGCUCAGCUCGGCCAUUAUCAUGGCGCCCUCCGAGAUCCAGGGACAGGUUCAUCCCGACGAACAGGACUAUCCAGCAUCUUUGAGGCAGCAGCAGCAUCAGCUCAGUUUGCACCCGUCAAAUUUCAACAUAAAUGAUCAUAUGGACCACGUCAAGGAUGAGUACGUUCUUGACUCGAGCAGAACCAGCCAGAGUAGCAACCGCAGCACAAAAACCAACAACACACGGUCCCGAUUGGGCAUUCCAGAACUUCAGAGAAGUACUAGCGAGAACACUCUGGAUGAGCAGAGUCGAGUGGGUACGAUUAAGGAUGCAGACUUGCCCAUGGGACCCAUGGCUAUCCAGGCUGCCAUCAUCAAUGCCGCGAGAGGAAACCAUGGUAGUCUCAAUAACAGCAGCACCAUGUCCAGCCCGGAUCUGAACCAAUACCCAACAGCAUCUCAUCUCUCGCCCCUAGGCCGCCCACCGAGUCCUCAGCAAAGCAACAACUCAUCCACUCCCUCCAGCGGACAACAGUCGCUUCUCUCUCCCGAGUCCAUUGGAAACAAACCAACCUCUCGAUCGCGUGCGCUCUCAAUGCCUGGUCAGCGGCCUAACAUGAUGCCCCGUACCGUCUCGAUCUACUCUAGCAGUUCACAGACUGCCAACCGCCUUCGAAGGAUUUUUGAGCAGGGGCUGACACACUUUAAGCUAAAGCCGUCAGCAUUUUCAUCCUCUACAUCGGCACCUGCUUCCGCAUCCGCAGCGUCGCCCACCGUGCCUGGAUCAUCCCUCAAAACCAGCAUGACACAUUCGAUCGACAUGGACAGCAACGACGAUAUCAACCCUGCAACAACCUGAACGGGACUGAGUCUUGACAAAAGAAUAGAUUAGGUUGUAAAAAAAUGUAUACCAUUUUUUUUUAUUUUAGCAAAAAAAAAAAAAAAAAAA